AUGCGACGAGCUGCGACGGGUGCGCUGGCGUCGAAAAUCGCACAGCCGCAGCAGGCGGCAAAGAACCUCGUGAAAGUUUUCGCCAAGGCGAAGGGCGGCGUGGGGAAGCGCAUUGCGCGCGCGCAGACGGCUGUCCGCGCGCGCACGGGGAUUGGGCGGCGGGGCGGAGCGCAGGACGGGGAUGGGGGGGAGGAGGAGGAGGAUGAGGAGGAGGACGACGAUGACGACGAUGAGUCAGAAGCCGAAGACUCGGACGCCGAGGGCGGCGCGGGGUCGUCCGACGACGAAGAGAAGCCCAAGGAGGCUUCUGGCAAGGGAGGGAAGUUUCUUCGCAGCUUGCCGUCGCGGCGCAUAUCGAUCUAUAACGCGGAUGGCUUUAUGAUGGACGAUGAGGAUGCGUCGGAGUGGAGCAUGGUCAACGAGGACGUGUUGGUGCGCAAGGUGCGCGAGCUGAGGGAGCUGAGGGGCGACUUUGCGUCCGCCACCAACGCGCCCGCCACCAAGUCCGCGCUUGAAGGACUCGGCCUCUCCGAACUCAACGACCCGCUUGGCUACGGCCCACUGAACCGCGUGAAGGUGUGUCUCGCCAUCAAUGCGUCCACCAUCCCCGUUCCUGACGACCGCAGCAUGGCUGAGAAGAUCAUAGUGUUCGGCCCCAAGUUCAGCCCGUCGUUCUACCUGGGGCGCGUGCACGACGACACGUCAAUGGACGAGCUGAGGGCGGGCAUGGGGACGCUGGGGGCGGACAUGGAGAACCAGCAGCAGCAGCUCAAGACGCUCGUCAAGGAGAACUUUGACUCCUUCGUCUCCUGCAAGUCCACCAUCGAGGACAUAGAGAAGAAGGUGCGGGAGAUGGAGCGGCGCAGUGACAGCGGCACGGAGGAGAUUUUGGUGGCCAUCCGCAACGUGCACGACAUGGCCCAGGCCGCCUUCGGGCCGCUGCUCGACCGCCAGAAGCAAGUGGACCGCAUCCGGUCGGUGCAGGGGCUGCUGCUGCGCUUCCGCACGCUCUUCAACCUGCCAGCUGUCAUGCGUGGAUUCGUGCAGCACGGCGAGUACGACCGCGCCGUGCACGAGUACCUCAAGGCCAAGUCCAUCUCGCUGCCCGCGCACUCCAACAUCCUGCGGCGGGUGAUGGCGGAGGUGCACAAGGUGGUGGCGGAGUUCCACGAGGUGCUCUUUGCCAAGAUGGACGACCCUAAUGCUGACCAGGCGCAGGUAGAAAAUGCAAUCCGGCUGCUGCUGGAGCUGGAGCCGGACAGCGAUCCGAUCUGGCACCACGUGACCAUGCAGGACCGGCGCAUCCGCGGGCUGCUGGAGGCGUGUGUGCAGCAGCAUGAGAGCCGCGUUGCCGCGCUCAAGAAGGAGCAGCACGAGAAGCGCGAGGCCGAGGCGCGGUGGCGGCAGAUCCAACAGGAGUCCAACGCGGGGGAGGACGUGGACCUGUCGUUGCUGCUGGGCCAGCCAGCAGCGGACGACUCAUCGGACGGGCUGAUGGACGGGGAGGCGUUUGACGAGGCGCACACGCGGCUGAUCGUGCGCCUGACGGCCAUCCUGCAGCAGCACGUGCCGCGCUUCUGGCGCCUCACGCGCUCCAUCUUCUCGGGGAAGUUUGCCAGCUUCGCCACCUCCAAGGACGGCACCGGCACGGGUGCGGGGCAUACGCGGGGCCAGGGCGGGCACUGGCGGGGGCGGGGGGGAGAGGAGGGGGGGCGGUACACGAAGCACUCAGAGGACGAGGUGCUGCUCAUGGUGCUGGGCAUCAUGGGCGUCUAUGAGAGCAAGGUGCAAGCGGCCUUCACACAGCUGGAGGCAGCGAGCUCACUGAGGCCGCACAUGCGCAGGGCAGUGGAGCAGGUGGCUCACGCCUGUGCUGCUCUUGCUGUCAGCGACAACGCCCCGCCACAAGCCGUGCAAGCGCUGCACCAGCUGCGGGUGGAGAUCACGUCGCGCUUCGUGAGCCGCGUGUGUCUGCUCACGCGCGGCAUCUCAGCAGAGCUGGUGGCGGACGAGGACUGGCGCCCCGUGCCGUCCACGCUGCGCAUGGGGUCGCCCUUCGCCAUCUCCUCCUUCCCCCUGCGCCUCCGAGACCGCCUGGCGAACGCCUUGGAGCACGUCACCGCUGUGCUGACGGACAUGGCAGACGAGGAGGAGUUGAUCCCCCCCAGUGCGAGGCAGCUGCCGGGUUUCCCAACAGCGGAUGAGGUGGAGGAGGCCAUUCGCCUCAUGUACGACUCCGUUAAGACCACCUUCGCCCAAGCUUUCCAAGACGCCUGCGACGCCCUCACAAAGCUAUCACAGACAGCCAUCACCACCACCGCCCCUGAUGCUGCUGCCACCAGCGGUGCCACUGAGGGACCAGGGGAGGCAGGGGCGGAGGGCGGGAAAGAGGGCGGAGGGGACGGGGCGGCUGCUCCUGCUCCCCCUGCGGCUGCGGUGCCGUCUGCCAAUCCCGAUGACAUCCCGGCGGAGCCCUAUGUGGGGCUCAAGGUGGGCGAGGAGCUGACAACAGCGGACCAGCGGCUGCUCAUGCUGCUCAGCAACUGCGGCUUCUGUCGCUCCGUGCUCGCCCCCUACCUCGCAGAUAAAUUCACCUCGCUCUGGCUCAACCCCUACAGUGUGGAGCUGGAGAUGGUGAGCGCCACAGCCUACCGCCAGGUGCAGCCGCAGCACCAGCAGCAGCAGCAGCUGGCGGAGCUGAGAGGCGUCCUGGGGGAGGUGGAGCGCGUGUUUGAGGAGCUGGAGGCGUGGCUGGGCGACCAGUACAUCGCCAUCAAGGCCAACCACCUCGGCUUCGCUGUUAUCAAAUACUUCCUGGAGGACGGCACGUCGUGGGCCACGGCUCCUCCAGUCAGGGGGCUGCGGGAUUCGGCUCUCGAGCUUAUGCACCCUCUUGUGGCCGUCCAUGCUGAGGUGCAUGUGGGGUGCCGGCCGUUCGUGGACAAGGCGAUCAACACGCUAGCAGAGGGGCUGAUGGAUGCGCUGCAGCAGGUGGCGUACCAACACGAGGACCUGCAGCGCCUUGAUGCAAAUGCCUUCUGCCAGCUCUCCCUUGAGCUGGACUACUUUGAAACCGUGCUGCACCCCUUCUCGUCGCCGGCACUGGAGGAGAUUCUGUUCCAGCUGCGCGAGAUGCUGCUGCAGCGCACCCUGCAGGCGCUUCAGCAGGAGGCUGCUCGCCCCGCCAACGCGCGCGCCAGGGCUGACAGUGAGGAGCGCGACAACCACCCGCAGACCGCUGCUGACCUCAAGGUCAUGGCGGACAACAUCAGCUCCGACCUGCUCCCUUAUGAGCUGCGCCGCACCAAGGUUAACGUUGCGAUGAGCGAGGCCAAGCGGAACUGGCCGUUCGUUUUUGGGUUCGCCGUGACGGGUUACCUUGUCGCGAAGCUGACCGCGUCGCUCAACCCUGCGGAUGCCCAGAAAUCUCCUUUUAUCAAUGUGCACGCGCACAGAUGA